AUGAAAUACAUAAUUUUAGUUAUCCUAAUUUUAGCUACAAUUGCAUUUUCUUUAAAAAAAGACGCUCCUGAACUUAAAAAAUACAAAAUCGAAGUUUUAAAAAGUGGAACCUACUCCCACUAUCCUAAAAAAGGCGAUUAAGUAAUAGUAAAUUACGUUGGAACAUUACUCGAUGGAAAAAAAUUCGACAGCUCAAGAGACAGAAAUUAACCUUUCGUAUUUAAUGUAGGGUAAGGAAGAGUUAUUCAAUGUUGGGACGAAGUUGUUUCUAAUUUGACUAUAGGAGAUCAUGUUUCAGUUACUUGUCCAUCUUAAACUGCUUAUGGAUCAAGAGGAGCUGGUCAAAUCAUUGGACCUAAUGCCGACCUUAUUUUCGAUAUUGAAAUGAUUAGUUUCGAAUCUAAUUCUUAGAGUGAAUUAUGA